AUGGCCAGGAUACGAGUUUCGGAGAUACGGUCAUCACCUCAUUCACACGAUAGCACGGAAUCCGACGGGCAGCUCAGCUCUGCUGAGGGCAAAUCAUUACCAGCAUGCGAUCUUUUUAACACGACUUUCUCACUCCACCGGGUAUCGCCUCUGUUUCUUGGAACAAGCGACUUGUCAGGUCCCCACCUGCGAACUCUUGAAGCUCAACUCCGAGGAAUUCUCACCGGCGACGUUGUGCGCGGCAUUGAGGUUGGGCUUAACGAAGACGGCGAACACGCAUUGGGCAAUGCUGGCGUUUUGGAAGCGGUCACAAUCGAAUGGGUCUCUGUGCAUGAAACUGCUGCAAUGUCGAAGCCGGCCUUGCAAGUGACCCUGCAGUAUGAGAGCGCCCAGUGUUUGGCCAUACUUCUGCCAACCCUAGAAGCGACCGAAACGGCGAAUCGAACAAAUACAGCACCACGCCAAACGUUCUUACACCUUCCCCUACUGCUCAUGAGAAUGCCAACGCCUUUAAAAGGUGUUAUUUCCAGCUUUCUGUCAAGCUCGUUUGAUUGUCGGAUAUCCACCCUCCAUUUGAAUGACAAGGACGUUAUCAAGGGCUGGGAAUGUUGGGUUCGUGCAACUACGCUGCCGACCGGCGAAUACUUGGCCAAAGACACAGUUUUGACCAUUGCAUUUAGCCUUCCGGAAAUUGACGACGUGGCCGGCAGUUCUGAUGGUCAUAAUACUAUAGCUCCGCCGUCCCCAAUUUCCCAAAAUCUUACCGGGACCGGUGGCCGUGCGAGCCCUUCCUUGUCCGAUAGUGCUAGCCUUGGCCUUAGGACAAUCGACAUUUUUGUACCAGACGAUGAUCUUCGCGGAUUUUUUGAGGCGGGUCGCCAACUUCAGCCAGCACUCGCAGCGAAUGGUACACCCUUCACACAAGCAUUAUCAUUCUAUGUGAAAUCCCAUUUGGGACUCGACAUGGCCCAUUCAGCAGUUGGCGUUGUACGAGUUGCCUGCGGUGGAUUUGUUUUGUCAAGCAACCGCUUGAAAAUAUUUGCACCUCCGAGAAGUCAUGCCGACAUGUAUUCUGGCCGACAUGGAGAUAUAAUUUCGCUUAUACUAGGUGAUCUAGUCAUGAGAGCCACCGAGUGA